AUUUACAGACAAGCGGUAUUGUGAAAGAGAUUCCGGUUUGGAAAGAAACUAGCCAGGUCAUUGAAGGUAAAGCUAGCGUUGUAGCUUGUACCAAGUUUGAAGAAAGCAUCCUUCAGCAUCAUGCAAGAGCACAAAUUUACGACGUUUUACGAGCCGUUCAGGAUCAAAUCUGUGGAGAAAAUCAAACAAACAACGCGAGACGAGAGAAUCAAGUGCCUGAAACAAGCCAACUACAACUUGUACCUCUUGGACUCGGAGAACAUCAUGAUUGACCUGCUAACAGAUUCGGGGACUGGGGCGAUGAGUUCGCAACAAUGGGCCGCCGUCAUGCUUGGGGACGAAUCGUACGCAGGCUCCCCGAGUUACCGGAAGUUUGAGCAAGUUGUCAAGGAGAUCUUUGGAUACCGUCACGUGAUCCCUACACACCAGGGUCGCGCCGCUGAGCGCAUUCUUUUCCGGUGCUCUGUGACAGAAGGAGAUAUGGUGCCUAACAACGCCCAUUUUGCCACCACUUUGGCCAACAUUGAAGCGCAAGGAGGCAAGGCAAUCAAUUUUUUGACACCUGAAGCAAUGGAGCCAAGUAAAGAUGUUCCAUUUAAAGGGAACAUGAAUGUCGAGAAGCUUGAGGAAAAACUGUCCACUUGUCGAGCCAGGAUUCCGCUGGUCAUGAUCACCAUAACAAAUAACAUGGUGGGAGGCGAGCCCGUGAGCAUGGAGAACAUCAAAGCGGUUUCAAAACUCUGCCGAGCUCAUGGAAUUCCACUUUUCUUCGAUGCUUGCCGUUUUGCUGAAAACGCCUGGUUCAUCAAGAUCAAAGAAGAGGGAUACGCCAAUCGCACGCCUAAAGAGAUUGCGCGAGAAAUUUUCUCCUACGGUGACGGCUGCACCAUGUCAGCUAAAAAAGACGGGCUGGCUAACAUCGGGGGAUUUUUGGCAAUGAACGACGGCGAACUCGCCGCGAAAUGCCGCAAGGAACUCUUGAUCACCGAGGGGUUUACAACUUAUGGCGGGCUUGCCGGGAGGGAUCUUGAAGCGAUCGCCGUCGGAUUGAACGAGGUCGUAGAAGAGGAGUACUUAAGGUAUCAAGUCGGAUUCGUCAAAUUUUUGGCGGACUUACUCGUGCAGAACCAAGUCCCAAUUGUCACGCCACCCGGCGGUCACGCGGUGUACAUCGACGCUGGCGCGAUGCUUCCUCACAUACCCCGGGAAAAGUUUCCCGCGUGGGCUCUCGGCUGCGCUCUUUAUGUCGAGGGUGGCAUUCGAGGGGCGGAAGUUGGUGGGGUGAUGUUAGGAAGGCCCGGAAAUGGCGUGGGGACCUCCUCUGAGGGAGAAAAUGCGGAAAACGAAGAUGAUACUGUUGAGAAUGAUGAGGUGUUUGAAUCUGAAGAAGAGGAACAUGAGGAGUUGUUUCGCUUGGCUAUUCCUCGUCGUACCUACACUGAAUCUCACAUGAGGUACGUUGCGGAAGUCUGUGCGCAUUUGUACAAGAACCGGUCAAAAGUUUGUGGUUAUCAAAUCACGUGGGAACCGGCCAUGCUACGUCACUUCACUGCUCAUCUGGAGCCCAUUCCUACCCCGUCAAGGCCUUCCGUGGAGGAAGCGAAUCGAGAACGCCAUCCGUCAGCUGUAAAGGUAUCCAGCGGUCAGGUGUUACGCAGUAGAAAAAACUCUGCAAUGCAAUUUAGUUAAUUAAUUUAAGAGGAAUCAAUUACAAAAGAGUCCUAGGCUGUCAUCUUUUUCUUACGUUGUUGUGUAUAAGCUCGGUUAAAGUCCAAAAGAAAACCGUGCCAGAUAAAGUGUCGUCUCCGUUGCUGUUAUUUGAAUAGUUCUGUUAGCAACAGUUCUGAGGAAAAGAAUAACCGCUGCGAAAGGAAACAAAGAGAAAGAUGAGAUCGAUGUUUUGACUGUGAAUAACUUUUGCUAGCAGUCAUGAAAAUGGUUACUCUUCAUUCUCUUCCCCAGGGUCCCCCUGUCCCUGUUAGCCGAAAAGGCCUUGGCACGAGCUGUUAGCUGCCAAGGCUUUGGCACGAGGAAAAGGUUACUCUGGAGACACAUUAAGUUGAUUGGCUUCAUUUUUGGACUGAGAUUUUCACUAAUUCAACGCUGGUUUCUUUGUCGAACUUAUCAAAUGGUUGGUCUCUAAUCAAAACUGUUUGAUUACAGCACCUUCCUACCAUUUCGACAAACGGAAUUUUAAGAAUAAUUAAAAUUUUGGCCGGAAGUGUGAUUGACUUUAUUGAACUUUACUAAAAAAAAAAUACUCCUCAAAAACCGGUUUUAAACUACCGUAAAAUCCCACGUUAUAGCCCCCCCUGGUCACAAGCCCCCCCCGGAUAUAAGCCCUUAUAUUUGUUAACAAAGAUAUUAUGCCGGAUAUAAGACCCCCUGCGUUCCUUUUGCGUUUUCUUUACGAACAUCAAAAUUUUUAAUCGAAAGUUAUAGGGUAAUAGGGUAAUAGCUCUAAAUGUAAUGGUAUGUUAGCUUUAAUUCGUUUCUCACAUACGUUUUAUCCCGUCGUUGCGAAACAUUUUUUGUAUUCCGCUUAUAUGCGCCCCCAGAUAGAAGCCCACCCAAAACCCCCUAUGAAGUUUUCUAAGCCCAGGAUUUUACGGUACCUGAAGGUUCUGUGAGCCUGUGAUCAAACGUUUUCAGUCAUAUAUCAAGCAGCGAUACUGUCAGGAAGGAAACCAGCUUUAAUAUUAGUCUAAGAAUCUAACCAAUCCUAUUAUGGGUCUCCAGAGCCACCUUUAUCUCGUGCCAGUGCCCCGCCGGCUAAAAAGGACAGGUGGUCAGUUCUUGGUAAGAGAAUGCGUUACUUUUGAGCUGACGCGAUGCACGUUU